AGAGUUUGACGUCACUGUCUGCGCCGCAUAGCGUAGAUACAGGAAGUGAGACCAAAACAAAGAAGCGCCGGCCGGGAGUGGACCUCCUUGCGCCGGUGUACCUGCUGCUUCGCUCCGGCCCACCCCGCGACCUUGUCCAACAUGGAGAAACAUCUGUUCAACCUGAAAUUCGCGGCCAAAGAACUGAACAGGAGUGCCAAAAAAUGCGACAAGGAAGAAAAGGCCGAAAAGGCCAAAAUUAAAAAGGCCAUUCAGAAGGGCAACAUGGAAGUUGCGAGGAUACACGCCGAAAAUGCCAUCCGCCAGAAGAAUCAAGCGGUAAACUUCUUGAGAAUGAGUGCACGAGUGGAUGCGGUCGCUGCCAGAGUCCAGACUGCAGUGACGAUGGGCAAAGUGACCAAGUCCAUGGCGGGUGUGGUUAAGUCGAUGGACGCGACGUUGAAAACUAUGAAUCUGGAAAAGAUCUCAGCUUUGAUGGACAAAUUCGAACACCAGUUUGAGACCCUGGACGUCCAGACUCAGCAAAUGGAAGACACGAUGAGCAGCACGACGACGUUGACCACUCCCCAGAACCAAGUGGAUAUGCUGCUCCAGGAAAUGGCAGAUGAGGCGGGCCUCGAUCUCAACAUGGAGCUGCCUCAGGGCCAGACCGGUUCCGUGGGAACGAGCGUAGCUUCGGCUGAGCAAGAUGAACUGUCCCAGAGAUUGGCCCGCCUUCGGGAUCAAGUCUGACCGCCGAACGAGUCCGAGAUUUCCUUUGGACGUGCUCUCUGUGUUUUAUAGAGAGAUGUCCUAGAAUUGUGCCAGAAUGCCGAACAGUCUUCUAAGAACCUACAGCCCCCUCCAGAUAACGCUAAGAAAUUCCAGUUUUUCUCCACUUCUAACUGGAUUUUAAAACUCUUUAUAGCUUAUGAUGAUGUGUAUUUUUAUAGCUGCCUUUUAACAGAACUGGUUCAUUUGCUCUACAUAAAUCUAGAAAAAAAAUCAGCAGAACUCUAGCUCUCGUGUAUUCCGUUUUCACUUAAAAUUAUCAGACUGAAGUUUAGUGUGGUUGAUGGUACAUAGACUGACAAGAAGCGCAUAAAAAUGAAAGGAGGAAUCGGUACUUAGUUUAGUAACAAAUGUGUAAACACUUCAACUUACUCGGUGGGAAAUACUUUCUGUAUAUCAUUUGGUUUUCUUUGUUUUUGCUGUCAAAGAACGACUGCAAUUGACUUAAUUUAUUCUCAUAACUUAUACUAAAGUUAUCUUAGAAGAUUAUUGCAGAAUACUCUUUACAUUCUGUUAGUUCAUGUAUUAAUGGAGUUUGUGUAACUGGGAAAAAAUGCCAAGUAACUUCGUUUAUUAUCAGGAAAAAUUAAAUGUUUUUGUUUAUAUUCUUUAACUCUAGCCAAGAGUUCUGAAGACUUCAGCUUAAGAUAGUUUCUAAUUAAAAUAAUCUCUAGUUGUUUUCUAAUGAAAGUCAACCUUUAAUAGUUUCCUGAUCAAAAUCAUGUUCAUCAACAUGACAGUCCUAUUACAUGCCAAACAUUGCCAAAGAACUGCUGAUUUGGUCUGGCUAAGCCCUGGGACUGUAAUUAUAGGUUUUGUUUUUAUUUAAUAACCAAACAUAUAAAUAAAAUUAGAACAGCAUUUUUUAAGUUCUAUUUGUAUUAUUUUGUCUUAAAACAACAACUCUUUUAAAGCCUCAAAAAGCACAACUUAAUGCUAUAGAUAUAUAAAACUUAAAUGUACAUUUAGCCAGCUAGAAGUCUAGAAGAAAGGAAUUGAGAUGGGAUUAGAAGGAAAGAGAGAGGCUGAAAGCCACCAGCCGCAUCUGCCUUCCUUUAUAGCCUCGGGUGUGAAGCAAAGCAACUCCCACUUUUCUUCCUGUCCUCAAAUCACAGAGAACAACCUGUGUUUGCUUGGCAUAUAUAUUAACCUAAGUUAAGUACUUACAAAGUUCCCUUUUAUCCAGUUUCCCCUUUUCCUGAGUUUCAUUUUGUUUCGUUUUUUCCGUUAAGAGUAUUGCAAUGUUUCAGACAAAGAGCCUCUGUAAAACUCUGAAAAAUUCAUUACUAGAGUAUGGUUUCCCAGGUAAAUAGUGUUUAAUGAAAAAAGUAUAAGAGUCCACUGAUGAGUAUUGGUUCUCAGAGUUAAGGAGUGUGUGUGAUGUAUGUGUGUAUGUGUGUACAUGAACAUGCAUAUAUACACAUUUUUUCAUGUCUGCCCUAAGGGACAUCUAACUGCCCCAUGUCCUCUCUCAGUGGUCCUUUAGCAGACAUGUGACUUCUUAUAUACACAGUUAUGCUAACUCGGGUGUGUAAUGAAUACAGUAUGCCUUAAUCCUUUUUCCUGGAAAACCUUGGUUAAUUACAGCUUUAAAAAAAAUAGCUCAGGAUUGACUCCUUGGUAAAUUUUAUACUGCAAGUAACUCCAUCACAUUAUAUUUUGUGAGAUUGAAGUAUGCAAUAUAUGCUUAAGCUUUCUUGAAGUAUGUUCAUUUCAUACCACAUGAAUGUACAUUUAUAUGAUCCAUAAACAUUAUUUUC